AUAUAUUUUAUUUUAUUUUAUAUCAUGAUUGUUUUUAUAUUCAUAUAUUUAUUAGUUUUAUUUAUAAAAAAAAUUCCUAAUUUAAAUGUAAUUAUUGGUAAUUUAAUUAUAAUUAUUUUAUGAUUAAACUUACCUUGAUUUAAUUGAAUUGAAUGAAUUAAUAUUUUUUGUAAUUUAAGAUUCAAUAAAUAUUCAUAUGGAUUAAUAAUAUUAACUAUAUGAAUUUUUGGAUUAAUUUUUAUAUCAUUAAAUAUAGGAACACAUUGUUUAUUAAUAAAUUUAAUAUUAAUAAUUUCAUUAAUAUUAGUUUUUAUAUCAAUAAAUUUAUUAGUAUUUUAUUUAUUUUAUGAAUUUGGUUUAUUAUUAAUUUUUUAUAUAGUUGUAAAAUGAGGGUAUAGGGAAAAUCGUUGAUUAUCUGGAUUUUAUUUAAUAUUUUAUACAAUAAUUUUUUCAUUACCAAUAUUAUAUAUUAUUUAUUAUUUAUAUUGAUUAAGAUCAAGAUUAAAUUUUAUAUUAAUAGAAAUAAUAAAUUUAAAAUUAAAUUUAUUAUUAUUUAUUUAUUUAUUAAUAUCAUUUUUAGUGAAAAUUCCCAUUUAUUUAUUUCAUGGGUGACUAUUAAAAGCUCAUGUAGAAGCCCCCUAUUAUGGUUCUAUAAUUUUAGCUUCAAUUAUAUUGAAAUUAGGAGGUUAUGGGAUAUUACGUUUAAUAUUUAUUUAUAAAAAUGAAUUUAUAUUUUUUCAAAAGUUUAUUAUUAUUAUUAAUUCAUUUGGAAUUUUAAUUUUAAGAUUAAUAUGUUUAUCACAAUUUGAUAUAAAAUCAAUUAUUGCUAUUUCUUCAAUUGUUCACAUAGGAAUUAUAAUUAUAAGAAUAAUAACUUUUUUUGAUAUUAGAAUUAUAGGUGGAUAUUUAAUAAUAAUUUCUCAUGGAUUAAGAUCUUCAGGUUUAUUUUUUUUAGUUAAUGUUAUUUAUAGGCAAACUAAUAGACGAUUAAUGUUUGUUAAUAAAGGUAUAAUUAAUUUUAUACCAAGAAUAUCAUUAUUAUGAUUUAUAUUAUGUUCAUCAAAUAUAGGGUCACCAGUUUCUUUAAAUUUAAUUAGUGAAGUUAUAUUAAUUAUUGGUUUAGUUUCUUGAAUAAAAUUUUUAAUAUUAAUUUUAAUUUUAUACUGUUUAUUUAGAUUUAUUUAUUCAAUUUAUUUAUUCAUGUUUAUUAAUCAUGGAAAAAUUUUUUUAGUUUUUAAAAUUAAAAAUGGUUUAUUAGUUGAAUAUUUUAUUUUAAUAAUACAUUGAAUUCCUUUAAAUUUAAUGUUUUUAAAAUUAUAUUUUAUUUAA